AUGCGUUCGUACGAGUCUGCCUUUGCUAUGGAUUCAGUGCAUGCCUCUGAUAUGCCUAUCAAUCCGGUAUUGGGUGCUCAACGAAUCGUCGACACUGCGAAAGCUCUUGCGCAAGUCAACGAGCAUUUGUCAUUCUCUCCUCUUCGACGGAAAGUUAUGGUUCCUGCCCCCAAGCUAAAACGCAAUUAUGGAUCGUUAGACUUGAACCGGGCAAUGUCUACCUCGAGUUCUGACUCGUCGGUCGUUACCACUCCUACUGAUACAUCAUUUCCUACACACUACGUCCAAUGGAAUGAAGACGAGGGGGAAGUAAUCGAACAGGACGACACCCCACUUUCUUCUGCACCUGCUUCGCCCAUGCUGGAAUUCUCCACUCGCCAAAAUCACAGCCACAAAGCCGUGGCAAGCUGCCAGGAGCCACAGCCAUUCGGAGUGAUGUUUGGACCCAAUUCCACUCCCGAACUCGUCUCUGCCAACGAGAUCGCAGACUACCUCGACUUCCUGGAUGUACUUGAAGACUACGAUUCGCUUGAACAAUUUGCUGAAGCUGGAAUGCUUGGCUCGGCCUCGUGCCUCGACCCUAACGCAACCAAGUUCAGCCCCGCUCGUGUACACCGUUCCGUCCACAGGGCGCAUUUAGAUUCAACUCCCAGCCAAUGGAACUUGAAUCACUCGUCGCUGGCUUCUACCCCUGAGAAGACAUCUUCUGCAACCGUAAUCGAGCUUAAUCACACCGGCCUAUCAACGGUCAAUUCUCUCCUGGCUUCUCCCAAGCUACUUUUCGAGCCCGCUAGCCCACAAAUCUCGCGAGGCGCUUGGAGACUGCCUGGUCCCACUUUGGACUCUGCGUUUGAUACGCAAGUCGCCUCGCCGUCUACUGGUACUGUGUGGUCCGAGACUCUUCCGUGGAUAUCUGCGAUUCUGUCGCUUGCUUUGAUCGCGAAUAUGAUGAUGGGGAGAGCUUACUAG